GCAGAAAAGAAAUGUAUACUGUAAAUGCUGCCAUUUAAAUUGUGUAUAUAAUUUAUGUAUAACUUUAUUUUGGUUUCUAAAAUCACUUUCAUAAUUAAUAAUUUAAUUUGUGUUUGUUAUUUAUGUGUUUAUACAUUAUUUUAUUUAUUAUAAGUUGCAGUACUUUUAUUUUGAAGGCUCGGUUCAAGUUUAUGCGCAAAUGCUGACUUCACGUCAGAUUCUCAGCUCCUGCAAGCAAGCGGCAAGCACGGACAUUUUGUAUGCUCCGAUGAAAGUUUAUUCUCGUCAAAAAGGACGUGAACACUCACAAAGAAGAUUCAAAGAUUAUUUCCCUUUCAUGCAGCAUGCAGCCAACGAGUUUUCACGGUGGCAUUGAAGAAAAGUCUUCAAUUAAACCAGUUAAAAGAGAACCACUUGUGUCUGCGUAUGCUUGGAGGGAGAUACAGUGAAAACUCGGCCUGUUCGACGACACGAGUGGAUGACGCAGCAAGUUUGCAGUACCAGCGGGCUUUUCACGAUGUGUUUCGCAGCGCGUGGAGCGUCAUCAAAGGAUUAACAGAUGAGCUGAAAAUACGCACCACACACGCAUAAAAGAAUGUAAGAAGACGCAUACAGUUAUCAGGAGCAACGGACUAAUUCAUAAAGAUCUUGAAUACUUAAGAAGAACGUUUUUGUGAAGCUUGUCAAAGGAUUCUCCUUGUGUUUGACGUAUUUGCUCACGUAAUUUAAUUUAAGCUUGUUAUUCAAAGACACCUUUUAAAGAGUUAUCGAACUUUAUAUAUUUUAAAUGUUAAGUAUUUUUGUAAGUAAUAAGAGAAGGCUAUUUGCCAUUUGAUAUCAAAAUUUUCUGAGUGUUUUGAAGCGUUUUAUAUUGAGUGUAUUUUGUAAGGUAAUAUUCAAGCUGAAAUAAGCUGUUUUGCACAUUCUAAUUUCCUGUGCAAUACUAUUACUGAAGCAUCACAUUUGCUUUAAGUAUUUACAUUUAACUGACAUAUACAUUACAUUUGAAGUGUUUAAGGUUAAUUUAGAGGUUUUAUUACUUAUGCAUAUUUUCUACUAACAAAAUUGUGCCAAUUUAAAGUAGUGAUUCAAAAUGUCUGAGUCAAGUGAGCCCACAAGUCAGGUAAGGGAUAGUAUUAGGGAGAGUGUAAAUUCCCAAGACCAACCUGAAGAAGGUCAAGUGGGUGGUGCUGAAGCCCAGCAAGAAGAGGCACAGCAGUCAAGACGAAGUAGAAGAACCAGAACUUUAACAGAGAAGGGUAGAGAAAUGCAAGCUACAAGGGUUAAGUCACUUCAACAAAGGUUUAACUACAUUUACGACAAAUGGAGAACACACAUUAAAUCUUCUAAGAGGACAUUAUCACAAUCAACAGAGGCUUUAUCUGAUGAUCUGCUUAAUGAUAUAAUUGGUGAUGUCAUAGGUCUUUCUGCAGAUGUUCAACGUGUUUAUGAUGACCUACGCAAAAUAUCAACUCCAGAUCAAGGCAUACGUCGAAGAGUGGAUCUGUGUGUAGAGAUUUCUAACUUUGUUGUAUCUAGAGCUUCAAGUCGACUGGAUGGAAAGAUUCCAGAAGGAGAAGAGCAAGAUUGGCCGGAAGCAGGCUCCCUCUUCAAUUCAAGUUCCUGUAAAUCAGGUUCUGUCACUUCUAUCUUGGAAGGUUCCUCAGAGCAUUCAAGUAGAUCUUCUGUAAAGCGACAGGAAGCUGCUGCUGAUGCUGCUGCAAGCCAAGCUGUUCUGGAAGUGUUACAAGAACAAAAUAAAGAACAAUUGGAAAUACAGCUCCUAGAAGCACAAGUUAAAAAGAAGAUAGCUGAUCAAGAGGCAGCGGUUGUAAAACGUCGUUUAGAGCGAGAAGCAGAAGAGGUGAAACGAAGAAUACAGAGAGAGGAAGAGGAAGCUCAAUUCAAAGCUCAAUUGGAAGAGGAACAUGCAGCUCUACAAAAGACACUUGAGGACAAACGGAGAAAGAUACAACAUUUAGAAGCAGUAAAAGGUCUAAAUGCAGCACGUGCAAGACUGCAGGUGUACGAUCAAGAGAAGGUCGUAGAAGAAGAUCAAAAAGACUUCAUGAAAAUGCCUCCUGUACCACAAGCUGUGACCACGUCUUCAAAUGAAAGUACAGCAGAUCUUGUAAAAGUGUUGGUAGGUGCUUUAAGUGCUAACAGAAUUCCAGUUCCUGAACCUUCUGUAUUCAGUGGGGAUCCAUUGAAAUACAAUGACUGGAAACUCUCCUUUGAAACACUGAUUGACCAGAAGAACAUCCAAGACAAAGAGAAGAUAUACUACCUCCGUAGGUAUGUAGGUGGACAAGCUAAGAAAGCACUUGAUGGAUAUUUCCUACUUGGAACUGAAUCUGCCUAUGUUGCUGCAUGGGAGAUUUUAGAAGAGAGGUACGGAAACCCAUUCACUAUUGCAAAAUCAUACAGAGACAAGCUCCAGGCGUGGCCGAAAAUGGGAUCUAGGGACAGCUUUGAGCUCAGAGAGUUUGUUGAUUUCCUGCGUAGUUGUGAGGCUGCCAUGGUCCAUAUCAAGGCAUUGGAAAUCUUGAAUGACUGUAAUGAAAACAGGAAGAUUCUUUCAAAGUUACCAGAUUGGUUAGCGGUGAGAUGGAACCGCAAGGUUAUCGAUAUAGAAGAGGAGAGUAAUCAAUUUCCCUCUUUCAGCCAAUUUGUUAAGUUUCUGACAAGAGAGGUGAAAAUUGCCUGCAACCCUGUCACAUCAUUACAGGCACUUAAAUUAGGUGAGGUUGAAAAGCCAAAAUUCCAAAAACGUCAAAGCUUUGGAGCAAAAACACUGACCACAAGUUCCAAUGAAAAGUCUGUUACAACAUGCAUUUUCUGCCAGAAAACAGGGCAUACUUUGCACAAAUGCAGGAAACUCAUGGAGAAAGCGAUUUCAGACAGGAUUAAAUUUGUUCAAGCUGAAAAGCUAUGCUUUGGUUGUCUCAAGUCUGGUCACUUCUCAAAGAACUGCAUCAGUAGGAGUGUUUGCGACACGUGCCAUAAGAUGCAUCCGACCUGUCUGCACGAAGAGCGAACCAAAGAAAACCAAAAACUACUACAACCUAAGCCAAGUGCAAAUCAAGAAAUGUAUCCAGUAAGACCUCAAUCAGCACAACAUAAAGAAACAACCACAGCUGUUACUUCAAAUAGAGUAAUACUUAAUGAAGCUAAUGCACAAACAGCAGCGAUAAUUCCCGUCUGGAUUUCAUCCAUAACUCAACCAGCACAAGAAGUCCUUGUUUAUGCUCUAUUGGAUUCUCAAAGCGACACAACCUUCAUUUUGAGUGAAGUAGCGGAAGCAUUGGAAGCAAACAAAGAACAAGUUAAACUCAAGCUCUCUACUAUGACUUCAAGAACCACAGUGGUAAGCUCUCAAAGAGUAAAGAAUCUACAAGUUCGAGGCUUUUAUUCUGGUAAAAGGAUCUCUUUACCACCAGUUUACACUCGGGAAUUUAUUCCAGCCAACAGAACUCACAUACCAACUAAUGAAACUGCAAAGGUUUGGUCUCAUCUAGAGCAUCUCCAAGACGAGAUAGCACCACUGCAGGAUUGUGAAGUUGGUCUGCUCAUUGGGUACAAUUGCUCACAAGCCCUACUUCCAAGAGAAGUAGUUUCUGGCCAAGAACAUCAGCCUUAUGCACAGCGUACGGACCUUGGCUGGAGCAUUGUUGGUCACAGAAAUCCAUAUGUAGACUAUGGUGACGCUAUCGGAACCAGUCAUCGCAUAGUAGUAAGGAAAGUGACACCAGAUAUGGAGUUUCCUGUCAAUCUCAAAACUGAAGUACACUAUGUGAGACGAAUGAAAGUAAAAGAAAUUACUCCUUCAGAGAUCAUAAAGGUUCUUGAAUCAGACUUCUCAGAAAAAGCUGAAGAAGAUCAUCCUGUAUUCCAAGAGGAUCUCAAGUUCUUGUCAAUUCUGAGAGAAAACAUCACACAUAAGAGCAAUGGUCACUACGAAAUGCCAUUACCAUUCAAAAAUGAAAAACCAAAACUUCCUAACAACAAAACUUGUGCAGUACACCGCCUGAAAUGUCUUGAAAAGAGAUUCAAGAAAGAUCAGAAGUAUUACAAGGACUAUGUAAACUUCAUGGAUGACAUCAUUUCACGUGGUGACGCAGAGAAGGUCCCUGAGGAAGAAAGUGACAAUAGUCCAGUAUGGUAUAUUCCACAUCAUGGAGUUUAUCAUCCACAGAAACCAGGGAAAAUACGUGUAGUAUUUGAUUGUUCUGCCAAGUUUCAGGACACGUCCCUCAAUGACCAUCUGCUCACAGGCCCUGACUUGACCAAUACAUUGGUAGGUGUCCUGUGCCGUUUCCGAAAAGGUUCCAUUGCAGUCAUGUGUGACAUCGAAAGAAUGUUCCACCAGUUUCACGUGAAAAAGGAGGAUCAAGAUUACCUACGCUUUCUCUGGUGGGAGAAUGGCAAUUUAGAGACCAGACCAUCAAUCUACAGAAUGAGAGUCCACUUGUUUGGAGCUGCCUCAUCUCCUGGUUGUUCAAACUUUGGUCUGAAACAUCUGGCAACACAAGGGCAUGGUCAGUACAGCGAAGACACCAUACACUUCAUUCAUAGAAAUUUCUAUGUAGACGAUGGUCUGAUAAGUGUGCAAACUGAGACAGAAGCUAUCAAGCUUAUCGAAGAAUCAAGAAAACUUUGCUUCACUGGCAGGUUAAGACUCCACAAGUUUGUUUCUAACAGUGAAAAGGUGAUGGCAACCAUCCCAAAGGAAGAACGUGCCACAGUUAAAGAUCUAGAUAUGGCUUUGAGUUUACCUCAAAUGGAGAGAGCUCUUGGAGUUGAGUGGUGUAUUACAUCUGACUCAUUUAAAUUCAGAGUUCAAGUAAAACCCAAUCCAUUAACAAGGAGGGGUAUGCUUUCUACCGUGGCCUCUGUGUAUGACCCCCUGGGGUUCAUGGCACCAUUUGUUCUGUUGGGGAAACAAAUACUCCAGCAAAUGUGCAGAGAAAAAGUUGGUUGGGAUGAGGAAGUUCCAGAGAACUUAAGACCUCAGUGGGAGUCCUGGAUCAGAGACUUGCCUAAUCUAGCUGAAAUGGAAAUCAAGAGAGGCUUCUUACCUUCAAAUUUUGGCAAGGUCAAAAUGUAUGAGCUCCACCAUUUUGCGGACGCAAGUGUCUCUGGAUAUGGUGAAUGUACUUACUUGCGAGCCAUUAACAAGUCCAACAAAGUUCAUUGCUGUUUGGUAAUGGGAAAAUCCAGAGUUUCACCCACCAAAGUUACAACUAUACCGAGGCUGGAACUCUCAGCAGCAGUUGUUGCAGUUCAGACCAGCAACAUCCUUCGGAAUGAACUAGAAAUUCAAGAUCUAAAAGAGUUCUUUUGGACGGAUUCUACUGUCGUUCUUGGCUACAUAAACAAUGACGCCAGACGGUUUCACAUAUUCAUAGCCAAUCGUAUUCAGAGAAUCAGAUCCAGUACAAAGCCUGAACAAUGGGCUUAUGUUGCCUCUGAGGACAAUCCAGCUGAUCAUGCCUCUCGAGGUUUGACAGCACAGCAACUUAAGACUUCAAAUUGGUUCACAGGACCAAAGUUUCUUUGGCAAAAAGAGCUACCUGACAGAGAAUGCAAGGUGGGAGAAACUAAGGAAGAUGAUCCUGAACUUCGCAAGGCUCUUGUGUGUAACACUAAGGGAAAAGAGAGCAGUUCAUUGUUGGAUCACCUACAGAAAUUCUCUGAUUGGUCAAGAGUAGUUAAAGCAGUUGCUAGACUGAAACGCAAAAUCCAAGAAUUCAAAGGUUUGAAGCAAAGAACCAAUCAAAGCACAAGCCUAGAAGAAAGGAAAGAAGCAGAACUUGUUAUCAUCAAGUUGGUUCAAAAGGAAGCAUUCUCAAAUGAGAUAAAGAGUUUGAAGCUAAAGAAAGAAAUCACCAAGACCAAAGACAGUAGGCUGUACAAGUUAAAUCCAUUCUCGGAUGAAGAAGGUAUCCUGAGGGUUGGAGGACGUUUAAGUCAAGCCACGUUACACCCAUACGUAAAGCAUCCGGCAAUACUCCCAAAGAACAGCCACAUAUCAGCUUUGCUUAUUAAGCACUUUCAUGAAAAGGUACAUCAUCAAGGACGUGGAAUGACAAUGAAUGAACUGCGAGCUAAUGGAUGGUGGAUCCUGGGAUGCAGCACUGUAGUCUCAUCACACAUCUUCAAAUGUGUCAAAUGUAGAAAGUAUAGAAGACCUACAGAAGAGCAAAGAAUGGGUGAAUUACCACAAGACAGAAUGGAAUCAACUCCACCAUUCACUUAUGCCGGUAUUGACUGUUUUGGUCCAAUAUAUAUCAAAGAAGGAAGGAAGGAUCUCAAGAGAUAUGGUCUUUUACUUACCUGUUUGUGUUCAAGGGCCAUACAUAUAGAGAUGAUUGAUGACAUGACAACUGACUCAUUUAUCAAUGCUUUAAGAGCAUUCAUUGCCAUAAGAGGAAAUGUUCGUCAAUUGAGAUGUGAUCAAGGAACCAAUUUUGUUGGAGCAAGGAGAGAGUUUACAGAACUCAUGAAAGGGAUGGAUCAAGAAAGAGUGAAGGCUCUAGGAUGUGAAUUUCUUAUGAACCCUCCAGCAGCAAGCCAUAUGGGAGGUGUCUGGGAGAGACAAAUAAGAACUAUAAGAAGUGUUCUUACUGCUGUUCUUGACCAGUCAGCACAAAGGCUUGACGGUACCUCUUUAAGGACAUUUCUGUAUGAGGUUAUGGCUAUCAUUAACAGCAGACCACUCACCACUGAACAUUUGAAUGACCCAUCAGGACCUGAACCUUUAACUCCAAACCACAUCCUUACAAUGAAGUCCACAAUCAUUCUGCCCCCACCUGGACAAUUUACAAGAGAAGAUCUCUAUCUUCGAAAGAGGUGGCGCAGAGUACAGUAUUUGGCAAAUGAAUUCUGGACUCGAUGGAAGAAAGAAUAUCUUUUGAAUUUACAGCCAAGACAAAAGUGGCACAAGAACAGAAGGAACUUAAAGGUCAAUGACAUUGUCCUUUUGCAAGAUGAUCUGGCACCACGUAACAAAUGGAAGCUGGCCAGAAUCACAGAAGUCUACCCAGGGUCAGAUGGUAGGGUGAGAAAAAUAAGGUUACUAGUUAGUGACACCACAUUUGACAAAAAAGGGAAACCCACAACUAAAACUGUUUCUCUUGAUAGACCUGUACAGAAGGUUGUUACUUUGCUUGAGACAGAUUAAAGGAUAUACAUUUUCUUGAAGUUACAACUUAAUUGGUUAAUAACAGGAAAAGUUUUUCAUUGAAAUGUUGAAUUGGUUACCAGCAACAGCCAUUGUAUUUAUAGAAAUCCCACAUUAAGGUUUGUGUGAUUUGGUGGGAGUGUAAAUGCUGCCAUUUAAAUUGUGUAUAUAAUUUAUGUAUAACUUUAUUUUGGUUUCUAAAAUCACUUUCAUAAUUAAUAAUUUAAUUUGUGUUUGUUAUUUAUGUGUUUAUACAUUAUUUUAUUUAUUAUAAGUUGCAGUACUUUUAUUUUGAAGGCUCGGUUCAAGUUUAUGCGCAAAUGCUGACUUCACGUCAGAUUCUCAGCUCCUGCAAGCAAGCGGCAAGCACGGACAUUUUGUAUGCUCCGAUGAAAGUUUAUUCUCGUCAAAAAGGACGUGAACACUCACAAAGAAGAUUCAAAGAUUAUUUCCCUUUCAUGCAGCAUGCAGCCAACGAGGUAUUUAGUUUAUUUGUCUGCAUUUUGUGACUGUAAAAUGCCAUUAUAUCUGUUGCGCACACUUUCAUUUUUUGUCAAGCUGAUUUUGUAUUGUCCUUUAUACUGUUUAGUUUUCACGGUGGCAUUGAAGAAAAGUCUUCAAUUAAACCAGUUAAAAGAGAACCACUUGUGUCUGCGUAUGCUUGGAGGGAGAUACAUAUACUUUUAGCUGUACCCUAACUGUCCCACACCCUUUUGGAGAUUGAGACCCUUUUUUGAGUUUCUCUACCCUUAUUUAAUGUUCUCAUCCCCUUUUUGGAGAUCUCAUCAACCUCAUGUUAGUUUCAUAUGUUAUUCAAGCCUUUAACAUUUGCACUAUAUGUGACCUACUGCAGUUUUUAUACUCUCUGUACGAUUGACCUUAACCACACUCUAUUUUUGCAAAAAAAAAAAAAAAAAAAAGCAAAAAUCAUAACUAUAGGUGUACAAAAGCUUGUUGUUGUACUCUUAAAGGCAUAGGCACAGAUUUAUGUUUAUGUCAGUGGGUGCCCACUUUUAACUUGCAGUUUAUCAUUGUGCAAAAAAUAAAGCACAAGCUUUUGUGUCA